AUGGUAUAUUGUAUGUUUUUGUUUUGAAUGGAGAGGGCCUUGUUUGAUAGAUUACAUGUUAGUUAAUAAUUGUUUGUGACUUGAUCUUUUGAGUAAAAUUCGGUUUUGCAGGAGUGUGGAAUUAGUUACCAAACAUAUUGUAUCCAUAACUCGUGAUGUCGACUGGAAGAGUAAGGACGAAAGUGGAAAAAACAGGUGAGAUUGUGGCGUACAGCGAGGCGGCGGUGAGGAACAACGCGGCUGUCGUGGAGUACUGCAGGACGUCGAUGGCAGCGCUCAGCGGAAGCACGGCAGGCCUCCUGGGGCUCACUGGCUUCCUCGGCUUCGGGUUCUACGUGUUUGCCGUCGUCGAACUGUGGGCGUUGCUGCUCUUUAAGGCGGGAUCACAUUGGAAAAAAUAUUUCAUCAACAGGAGAACACUGUUAACAAAUGGUUUCUUUGGUGGUCUUUUUACAUACGUGCUGUUCUGGACUUUCAUCUAUGGAAUGGUGCAUGUUUACUAGAAGAUGCUGUGGUGUCCGAGAAUUGUGUUUUAUUGUUAUUUCAUAAGUUUCUUGUAAGUUUUUUUUGUGUCCGGUGUCGUAAAAGUUACUUGUUAAAUAAAGAUUUAAAGUACAUUAUAUAAA